AUGGAGGAGGUUGAACCCUACACUGCCAGCAAACAGAAUGCUGGCGAAGGCUCGAGACGCACCCGUGCCCCCUUGACCUGCACCCUUUGCCGUCGACGUUUUGCGAGAAAGGAGCACCUUGUCCGACAUCUGCGGAUCCACACGCAAGAAAAGCCAUUUACGUGCGGCACUUGUGGGAAGAAGUUCUCUCGUCUCCGCUGCGAGUACCGGAUGUCGCCGACUAGUAAGCUAGGCACAAGUAGUGACAGAGAAGGGAUACCUCAAGCCGACCCAAAUCCGGGUCCAGAUGACCUGGCCGCCAGUGAAGGAAUAGAAGGGACCCUCCGCCAAACGGCCGCGUUGGAUGACGACCAUGGCACUCAACAUCCGCUUGAAUCAGUGGCUCCGGUGAAUCGCAAUGAUCAUGGUGAGAUACCCAUCAGCGCCGACAUCUCCCAUGGUCCGACCGUGUAUGAAACUGGCCCAAGACAGGCCCCCAGUCCCGAAUUUAUGUCAGGAAUAAACUGGCUAUCACCGGGCCAAGCAAUCUUCCAAGAAUGGGGAAGUCAACUAGCCGAAAUCACAGACAACGAGUUUUUUCCGCCGAUGUUCAAUAUGGUGGAUCUUACGGAGAUGCAGCCGCUCAUUAGUGGUGGCACUGAACAGGAAGUCGCCCCUGAAAACCACAGCCAGAUUUUCUCAGGUUGCCCACCGCUAGGUUCCUGGGAAAAUACAGAAGGUCACUCCGGGAUCGGAGAGCCCAAGUCACCAGACACGUGCCGUGACGGGCUAUCAACGGCCACGUCUGGGUCGAUCGAAAGCAAAUAUUAUGUCCAUGGGGUCACAUCAAGAGCUCCUUUUCAACGCAGGUCUUUCAAUUCGGGAGCAGUGCCGGAGGGCUCGACGUCGGAUCUUUCAACAUCUGGCAGCAUUGCUAGCAAUAUCAUAUCGUCCGUUGACCAUUGGCUGACACGAGAGGUAUAUGAAAGAGUUGUUUUGAGCAUACAAGAGCAGAUAAAGACACAGCCGCAAAUCCCGCCGCUAGAGUACUUUCGGCUUUGUGUGCAUCUCUACUUCGACCGCCUGCAUCCCAAUUUUCCCUUCAUCAAUCGAGCGACCUUUCUAACUACUGACCCCCACUGGGUCUUGUUAAUCGCAGUUUCUGGCGUAGGGGCGGCGUAUGUACAAUCACCGCUAGGGACGCAAUGGAAGAAUUCGCUGAUGGAAAUACUGGGAACGACUCUAUCAAUUCACCUCAGUCGCUAUCAAGAGGCGAAUUCAAUGCAACAUCUGGAUAUACAUCUCACAAUGGAGCUGGUGGAUGAGGUCAUGCCACUCAUUCAAGCCAAGAUUUUGCACAUGCUGUUCAUGAUACAUAGUAGCACUCUCUAUAUUACACGACGUGUCGGUUUUGAGCGUGCUGAACUAACGCAGUGGUGUUCAUAUCUUAAUCUCCUGUCAACACCAGACGCUCCUACAUCUAUCAAAGGCGCUACAGAUGUGCAGCUCUGGGUAAAAGCCCAGUCACGGCUCCGAGCGGGAAUGAUGAUAUGGCUUUUGGAUUCUAUGAUUUCCUACGAGCUGAAUUGCAAGCAUGUCAUGAAGCUUGGUGACACCGCUAAAUGGCUGCCCUGCCUUGAAGUCGCAUGGGAGCAGCCAUCGAUUGCAAAUAUUGAGUUUGCGGAGAGGUUUUCAAUAUCUUUUGUGGAUGCGAUCGAUAUGUUAUACAUUGAAAAGCGGGUUAGCCCACACAUCAGCGAGUUUAGCCAUGUUCUGCUCAUCCACGCUAUCUACCGACGGACCACGGAAGUCCUCGACAAAAGCUGCAUGCGACUGUUAUCCUGGAGCCCUACAUCCAGUAUGCAAGUCUUGACCAGCGAGCCUAAUUCGAUUCAGGAGUGGCCACCAUCUAGCACAACGGCAUCGAACUGGCGCAACGCGGCCUGUGACUCACUUGAUGUUCUGAAUUGGGCGGCCAACAGCAAGGCUGCUGAAUUAUGCUGGGAGGAGCCCACCAUCCUGCAUCUGCAUCUUUCGCGGUUGAUGCUCCUUGCUCCGAUUGCUCAUUUUCAGACUCUGGCAAGAUUUCCGUCAUCGCACACUUUGAAAUGGCCCUCGAUUCCUCCCAACCAAUACGAUUAUGAAAACGCGCGUAACCAGGUCCUCCAAUGGGCCAUUCGCGAUCAGUUCAAGGCUCGACUGUCGGUCGUACACGCCGGUGCCUUACUAUGGCAUGUUCGCCGCUUCAGCACCGACAACGCCAUAGAACCAUUCAGCAUCUAUAUUGCGGUAUUACUACUCUGGGCAUACAGCGCUUCGACGUGCGCGGUCAAUGACUCAAGCGGUCCAAUGGGAGCUGAUCAGGCCUCGCGAGGCGACUGUGUCGAUCUAGAUGAUUCUGAUGACGAGCCUCUUUGGCUUCGUCUUGAUCGGCCUCUAGACGAUGAGCUCGUCCAGACAUACAUUCGUGUCGGAAAUAAGAUGUCUGCCCAUCUAAAGGGUGUCGGGGAUAUUGGCAAGCAUGAUGCGCCUUUAAAGAUUCUUAAGCAGGGGUAUCAUUUACUUACUGGGAAGAAGUACGAUAGGGGGGAUCAACAACACUAUCAAUGA